AUUUGCGGCUGACGUCUCAUUCCUCUCUACUGCAUGGAGUAGGGAAGUCCCGGAUACUUUAGUAAUAAAAUCCGAGGCGCUGGCGAGCUGGGAAAUCAUUUAGUGAAAGCGAAACUUUGCGAUCUGCCACCCUGCGGAGAGCGUUCUGUGGAAGGGGGGUGACUCUCUGAAGACGGCCGGGCGGCAUGUUUGGGACUGGGAUUGUGAGCCUUUAUUUCUGCCUUUGUUGUUUAACCAAGGACGGUCUGGUGGUUUCGGCACUUGGACAGGAAAACUCGGGUUAUCAUGAGCAUCCUCCACCAGUGAACCUCUCUUUAACAUCUUCCGAUUUUAAGACCAUUUUAACAUGGGCUCAUGUAGACAAGCCGCAUAAUGCAACAAAGUUUACUGUUGAAACCAUGAAUUACCGAACUGCACUCUCGCAGCUGUUUUCACCAUGCUCAAACAUUCAAUCAUAUUCCUGUGAUGUCACAGAAGCCUUCAGCGUGAACCUGAGUGCAUUAAGUUCUUACUAUGCAAAAGUCAAGGCGGUUACACAUUAUCACGAGUCACAGUUUGCUUCGACUGCCAGGUUCUCGUUUAAAGAGAAUGGGACAUUAAGUGCUCCAACUGUUAACAUCAUAGUCCAUGGCCAAAAUGUUACUCUACGAUGCAUUUUUCCUCAUAUUGAAACAAGAACAGAGGCCGGCUUGAAUGUAAACAAAGACUUUAAAUGUAACAUUUGUGUUGGACAGGAAGGACACAAUAUAUUGGAAAAUUGCUCUAUAAAGAGAUCAAGAUUGAAACUUCGUGUAAGACAAUCGAGAGUUACCUUAUGCGUGAUUGCUCAAGUGAAUUCAGAAAAAUGGAAAAUGAAAGCAGAGUGGUCAAGUCAAAGAUGCUUCCGAGUUCAGUCUUUGAAUGUACAAGAUACAUUAAUUGUCCUUUUUGCUGUGGUUGGAUUUAUCUUGGGGCUUGCAAGUGUUAGCAUUCUCUGGAAGCUUUCAAAGAAGAAGUUGGUAUUGCCAAAAUCAUUGAUACUUAUUGUAAAGGCCAUCAACCCACUUGUGGAGAAGAUUGAGGAGGACACUGUAUCUGUUGUGAUUAAAUAUGAGGAACUGAUUCCUGUGGCGCAUGAUUUAAUUUCUGAGGAAGUUGCAAACCCCAGCACAUGUGCAGAGAACCGUGAACCACCUGCAGUUGACCUGAAAUAUGCUGGGAAAAUCUGUGCCUAUGAUAGGCCUCAAAAUAUGGAGAAUUGUUGCUAAUUCUUUAUUGCCCAAGGAUGCCGUUUGCUCUCUUUGCAACUCCUUGUCCUAGGUAGAUGUUGUGCAUCAUUAUUGCUACAUGGUAGAAUUGAUUUUGGUGGGGGGGAAAAAAAGCACAAAUUGAAUUUGAGUGUGUGCUGUGUAAUGAAUUAGUUAAAUCCUCUUAGAAAUUAAUUUCUGGUGUGAGUCGAACAAUACAAGGGUCAGACAAAAAUGCUGGAGAAACUCAGCGGGUGAGGCAGCAUCUAUGGAGCGAAGGAAUAGUUGUCGUUUCGGGUCGAGACCCUUCUUCAGACUGAUGUGGGGGGGGGGGUGAAGAAGAAAGGAAGAGGGUGGAGACAGUGGGCUGUGGGAGAGCUGGGGAAUGAGAGCUAGGAGAGGGGAAUACAAGGGUCAGAAUCAGGUCAAUGUUAGCUUUUCUGGUUGGCAGCAAGAACCUGCCUGGCGUUAAGAGAAGAAUGUAACAUCUGUUUGUUCAAUAUGUACAUUUUAAUAAAAUAGAGAAAAAUGUUUGUGUCCAAAAUAAA